GGAUGCGCGGGGAGGAGGCGGCUGCUGCUGUUUAUUCGCAGCUGUGCUGAGUCCAGAGAGGAGGAGAGACUGCAGAGACUGUCAGCAUCGGAGACAACCUACAACUGUCAGAUCUCCCCGAGAGACAGCGGAGACACCAGAGUCCUCUGUAAGGUAUCAGACCUCCUCGUAGGGACCGAGAUCCCUCAGCCUGCCAGCCAAGUGUAUGGAUAAGAUGGACAAGAUUCAGGAACCACUGACCCUAAAGAGGAGGAGAUUUUCAGACAUAUUGUUUAGGGUGGAGCAGUAAGCCUACGCCUGACAGAGACUUGCUCCACACAAGAUGUGAGGCAUCCAUUGGUUGUGAAGAGUAUGAGAAGGGCUGGGCGGGCCUUUGAUGAUCAGGUAUGCCCAAAUACCCCUAAUAAUGUGGAGCAGUUGGCACAAGGGACGAGUAUGGCUAACGGCGGGAACCAAAGAAACAUCAAACAGGUAGAAAAUGACCCCCCAAGUCAUAGGGGGUCCAGGAACCUCCAGAACUCGCCUACAGACCUGAGCAUGAAGAAUGGGCGAAGUUUCCCAGCUGUCACCCAGAAAGGUCAUUCCAAUGGUGGGGUAACAAGCACCCCUAGAGAGAGCCCCAGGAACACAACUAAUGGGGUUGGAAAGAGCCACUGUGCAGGCGGGAUGCCGGAUGACAGCUAUAAAGCUGGACUCAGAAGACCCAGAAACUCCUUCUUUACCAAAGGGGUCGAUCUUGGCACAUGGACGUUUGCCCUCCCGGCCUUGGUGGCAGGUCUAUGCUUUGCCAGGUCUCUGUAUGGGGAGUUUGUCCACGAUGACAUCUGGGCCAUCCUCAACAACCCAGACAGCCGAGGAGAGACCAACCUCAGCAGUGUCUUCAGGAAUGACUUUUGGGGCAAAGCCAUGAAUGACAACACAAGUCACAAGUCAUAUCGGCCACUGUGUGUGCUGAGCUUCAGGAUGAAUGUAUAUUUGUGGGGUCUGGAUCCCUUCUAUUUCCAUAUGGUGAAUGUCGUAUUACACAGCCUGGUCAGCGCCUUGCUCUGUUAUGUGUGCAGUCGGACCGUAUUUGAAGACCGCAGACCGGCAUUGGGCACUGCACUCCUAUUUGCUGUGCACCCGGUUCACACAGAAGCUGUGGCGGGCAUUGUGGGCAGAGCGGAUGUCUUAGCUUGUCUGCUGUUCCUCUUGGCGUUCCUCUCCUAUGUAAGGAGUGUGGAGACGGAAGUGGUCACAGAUCAUUUUCCCGGUACAAGAUCACCUCUCCUCCUACUGCUCAGUCUACUACUGGGCACCUGUGCCAUGCUGGUGAAGGAGACAGGAAUUACAGUGUUUGGCGUGUGUUUGGUGUAUGACCUCCAGGUCCUGUGCCUGCGAAGGAUGAAAAGGUUGCCGUCUCUGGAGCGCCCUGCAAAGGAUCUGUGGACUGCGGCCAUUCCCUUCCUGAGGAGAGCAGCGCUGGUUUCCUGCCAUGUGAUGGUGGUGUUAGGUUUCCGCGUCCACAUCAUGGGAGGAUCUAUGCCAUUGUUCUCAGAGCAAGACAAUCCGGCUUCCUUCUCGCCUUACAUCCUCACCAGGUUCCUGACCUUCUCCUACAUCCUGGCAUUCAAUGCCUGCCUGCUUCUGGCUCCCAUCACCAUGUGCUAUGACUGGCAGGUGGGCAGUAUACCUCUUCUUCAUUCCCUCUGGGACAGACGGAACUUGGAGACACUUGUCCUGUUAGUGGUACUCGUAUCCCUUGGCUUGCACUGCUUGGUGGCAAGAAAGAGGACUGGACAUCGGGAGGUCUUGGUGGGUCUGCUCUUCCUGGUUUUCCCAUUUAUACCAGCCAGCAAUCUCUUCUUCAGAGUGGGCUUCGUGGUGGCAGAGCGUGUCCUUUACAUGCCAAGUAUGGGCUUUUGCAUCCUAUGUGUCUACGGAAUGAAGGUUCUUUACAGCCGAAGUGGCCCACGUGGAUCUUCUGCUAUCAUCUUUAUCUUUUUCCUUCUGCUGCUCCUCUUUUCCUGGAAAUCCAUGUCACAUAGUGAGUGCUGGCGGUCACGGGAGGCUCUGUUCAGGUCCGGAGUGCAGACCCUGCCACACAAUGCCAAAGUUCACUAUAACUAUGCUAAUUUCCUGAAGGACCAGAACCGAAAAGAGGAGGCCAUAAACCACUACAAGACUGUCCUGAGCUUAUACAAACAACACUCAAGCGCCCUCAACAACCUUGGCACAUUGACCACUAAUGCCACUGCAGCCGAGGAAUAUUACCGGAAGGCCCUGGCAAUCAGCCCGCAACACAGCCGGGCGCUCUUCAAUCUUGGCAACCUGCUCCGGACGCAGGGGCGGAAUGUAGAAGCAGAGCUUCGUCUGAGGGAAUCCAUUCUUUACGGUCCAUAUUUUGCAGAUGCCUAUUCCAGUCUGGGAUCACUUCUGGCUGAUCAGAAACGUCAGGAGGAAGCAGAAGAGGUCUAUGUGACAGGAGUCAAGAAUUGUCCAGACAGCUCGGACUUGCAGAACAAUUAUGGAGUGUUCUUGGUGGAUUUUGGAGCUCCGCAGAAAGCUGUGUCUCAUUAUCUCCUAGCACUACAACUGCGUCCAAAUCAUCAUGUGGCCAUGCUGAACCUCGGCCGCCUUUACCGAUCUCUAAACCAAAAUAGGGAGGCUGAGAAGUGGUACAAGAAGGCUUUACAGAUAUCUCGGGACAUUGAUGUCAUCACCCCUCUUGGAGCCCUGUAUUAUAACACAGGGAAACAUGACGAGGCCUUACGUCUGUAUAAAGAGGCAGUGGGACUUCACCCACAGAAUGUCCAGCUAUGCCUGUCAUUGGCCCAAGUCCAGAUAGUGAUGGGUCAGUCAAAUGAGGCAGAGGCUCUAACUCAUCGUAUAGCAGCAGAAACCCCUGACUGUAUUGAAUGUUACCAUCUGCUGUCCGCCAUCUACAGCAAGCAGGAGAAAUAUACAAAGGCUCUAGAAAUGAUUGAUAUUGCUCUGCAGAUGAAGUCAGAAGACCCUAAAAUAAUAUCCGAUCUUCAUUUUACAAAAGGCAACCAACUGCGAGAGAUUAAUGAACUGGACAAAGCCUUCCAGAGUUACAGCCUCGUAGCUGAUCUGAGUCCCAAGCAGGCCCAGGCCUGGAUGAACAUGGGAGGCAUUAAACACAUUCAGGGUGAUUACACCGCUGCCCGAACCUAUUAUGCAAAGGCAGCAGUUUUGGAACCCGAAAGCAAAUUAUUAAAAGAGAAUCUGGCAAAACUAGAGCGCUUGGAAAGCAAAAUACAUGGAGCCAAGGCAAAAGAUUCGGAUGGACAACAGGUAGCAAGAGAUAACACUGAGAAACAAGAGAAGACAUUAAGCAGAGGGCAGGGUAGGACACAUAUGAGAACUGUUCAAGAUAACGAAUUUAGUGAGACAAAACCACAGAAGAUGAAAGAGAGGAGAACAGGACAGGUUUAAUGGAGAAAUUGAAGAGCUUCCUUAAGAAAUAGAUGGAAAAUGCGCUCGCUUAAAAUAUAAAUGAUGCCACAAGCCAGGACACCAAUGAUCCUACAAAGAUGGAAGACAGAUGGAAAGCACAAGAUGAACUGACAGUGACAGCAUGGAGGGAAAACAUCAUCUUUUUCUAUCAGUUCUUUCAUUUCUUCUUUGAGAGGAAGUCAGAAUGGGCAUAUGGUAAAAAAAAAAAAAUCUUCAGUGAAUACCAUCAAGAUAAAGGCAGCUGACAUUAAAUGCGUAUUAACCUUUCUUGUAAAAAUCUGCCUCCAAGCUGUCCUAUUGGUUACAUUAAAGGACCAAAAUUAGUCAGAUGAAGGCAUGGCCAUGCUCCAACUUCAACUGAAAGGAAUGGUCAAGAUUUGUAUCUAUGUACUGACACACCACCCGUCUACGUCACACCACAGGCCCAGGUAAAGAAUGGAAGCCAUUUUGAACUUUGGGCUCUGUAGUUGAAGCAUUGAGAAUUCUGAUCUUCAGUACAGGAUGAGACUUUCUAAGAUGAUGGAAAUUUUGUUUAUGACUCAUAGUUGAUUAUUGCCUUUUCCAUGGAGAGAGAGAAGGAAACAAAGGAUACAUUUUACAGGAAAGUGACUACAUCUAUAAAUAUUAGUGAGGCAUCUGCCUGUCUGUGGUCACCCUGAGAUGACAUCCCUGUUGUUUAUAUUGGUGAAAUGGAAAGUUUAAAAAAAGAUCUCCAUCUUCUAAACCACUUUUUGCUUUGAACUUACCCAUGAUGAGUUACUUUUACUGCUACAAUUGGGCUGAGAUAUAAACACUAGAUGGCCAUUCAGUUUAGGUCUCAUACACAGGCAUGUAGGACUUUCUGUCAAUGGCUGUCAAAAUCUUAUUGAUACAAAGCUUUCACACUGUAUGUCCCUUUGCACAAGUUGCAGUUGCCUGUAUGAUUGUAAGGGACAAUGAAGGCUGUUGUAUAAUGUAUGAAUGUUAAUCCCAACCUGCAGUAGUAGAUACACCUGUCAAAUAUUGUCAGAGAGGGGCUAAACCUGUAAUAACGGCUCUAUUAUCGGUCGCGACCCAGGCUCUCAUUCAGUGAAGUCAGAUAUGAGUGCCUGACUCUCAGAACAAUGCUUUAGAGGGCGCUCUGGAUUUGAGGUUAGACAGUGGCAGGCUCUAAGAAGUCUACAGACAUUAAAUGGUGGUCUAUGUUGGGGAAUAGCGCUCUACAAAAUUACAGUAGUAUAUUAUUAGUUUAGGUUUAUCAUAAUUUGUUAGAACAGUUUGUCAAGGUAAUCAUGGUACACCAGGCAUAAACAGUAGCACAGGGUACUAGAUAACCCUUGGCGCAAUCUAUUAUAUUCUUACAAGAUGUCCUUGCCAUACAAAAAAAACUAUACACAUUCCUCUGUUACCCACCACGAGAGCCUGUUUAAUGACAU